UAAACGAAGCGGUGAACGGGCCCUACCAUUUCGUGUCAUUUAUUCGAGGAGCCGGAUUUCAUCAUGACUGGAUCACAUGAUCUAAACUCGGCUGCACGCGAUAAUGCGCGCAUUUGCAGGCGCAAGUCGCCGAGAUGUCCCCGCCCCGCUCCCGGGACAUGCAAUGUGUACGAAAAAUGUACGAGAUAUCGCCGUUUUGUGUUGAAAUAUCCAGGAAACUCGCUUCGAGCAAUCUACUGCGAACCAUAUCGCAACGUAUCAGCAAGUCGUCUUCAACCCGGCGUUGUAUCCCAAACUCAGCCGCAGGCACGGGGUUCCGAGAUGGCCGCAAGCGAAGUCAAUAAGUCUUACUUUGACGACCAAGCAGCACAAUAUGAUACCAAGCACGAAAAGAGUUUACAGCAACUCACAGAAGCAAUCCAAUCAAAGCUCGACUUCAUUGGGGCAGACUGGGUAGAUGAUGACGAUGAUGACGACGACGAUGGGCAAACCGACAGUUCAAAGCAAGUGAGGCUUCUGGACUAUGCAUGUGGUACAGGCAUGAUAUCCCGGGCUUUGGCGUCCUAUACGACACAGUGUGUUGGCGUCGAUAUAUCCGAUAACAUGGUGGCGCAAUAUAAUGCACGAGCUGAGAAUCAGGGUCUAUCAAAAGAAGACAUGUACGCAGUAGUCGGAGACUUGGCUGCGCCGAAUGAUCCAACGCCAGCAGCCCUGUCCGGCACUGAGUUCUCCAAUUUCGACGUGGCAGCAGUGGGCGGAGGGUUCCACCACUUCGAUGAUCCUCAGCUCGUAGCAACACGGCUGGUUGAGCGGUUGCGGCCUGGCGGCGUCUUGUUCAUCUGGGACUUCCUAUCGCAUGACGCAGACCCUAAUCUUGCCUCGAGGGGCGUUACGCAUCAUGGGUUUUCCGAGGAGCAGGCGCGUAGUAUCUUCGAGAAGGCCGGUUGCAAAGACUUCGGUCUGAAGGAUCUAGGUAGCGGAGUUGUCUUCGGGCAUGGGCAUAGUCAUGGCGACGGACAUGGACAAGGCCAUAAGCAUGGCCACGCACAUGACGGCGAGGGCCAAAGGCUCAUGAAGCGCCGGGCGUUUCUCGCCAGAGGACAGAAGGCUUGAAAAGAAUAGAAAAUCUUGUGCAACGGAGAAUUCCCCGUAUUGUCGAACCAUGAAUAGACCAGAACUUGGGACAGACUGAAGUUACUUGAACUCCGUAAUGUAAUUGUGCAUAUCUAGCCGUUCAUGGCGACAAUAUAAGAGGAUACAUAGCUACUGGAAAAGUUAUGCAUGACUUGAUG